AUGCGACGCCUGAUUGGCCUCUGCGUUGCUGGAUUGGCAGCCUUCAUCACCCCCGUUGAUGCGUCACCGUUGUCCGCCUCCAACGCAACAAGCUGCAAAUGCAUACCAGGCGAUCCUUGCUGGCCGAAUCAGUCUGUCUUUUCCCGACUCAAUGAGACGCUCCAGGGCCAAUUGAUCUCGACGGUACCAUUGGCGAGUAUCUGCCACGAUCCCAAGUAUGAGGAGCACAAGUGCGAGACGCUGAAGACGCAGUGGGAUUACGCAGCGGUGCAUGCCGUGGAUCCAUCAUCGGUAAUGAUGCCAGUCUUCCAGAAUAGCACGUGCGAUCCUUUCCAGCCCGUUGAGAGCCCGUGCACCCUGGGCAAUCUCGUCCGAUAUUCGGUGAACGCUUCGGAUGCCCGCCUCGUUCAAUCGGCCAUCAGGUUUGCGGCUGCCCAUAAUAUCCAGGUAGCCGUCAAAAACACUGGCCACGACUUCUUAGGCCGUAGCACGGCCAAACAUGCCUUGGGGGUUUGGACGCACCACAUGGACGGCAUGGAAUUGAUCCGCAACUAUACGUCCCCUAUGUACAGGGGCCCUGCCAUGAAGAUGGGGGCGGGGACGCAGGCCUGGCAGGCGUAUCAGGCGGCAAAUUCCUGGGGAUACCGCGUGGUGGGAGGCUCCUGUCCGACGGUUGGGCUGGCAGGGGGGUUCACGCAGGGCGGCGGACACGGGGUGCUCAGUUCACAGCAUGGACUGGCUGCUGAUAAUGUGGUCGAGUGGCAGGUAGUGACUUCCAGCGGUGAGCUCGUCACAGCGUCACCAACAAAGAAUCCAGACUUAUACUGGGCUCUCAGUGGCGGUGGAGGAGGAACAUUUGGAGUGGUCGUUUCCAUGACCACAAAGUUGUUCCCCGAGGCCCCCGUUACCGGUGGUCGUCUGGACUUCAACUUCACCUCUGAAGAAAGCUUUUGGGGCGCCGUUUCGGUUCUCCAGUCUGGCCUAACGCCUCUGGUAGAUUCUGGGACGGUGCUCCUGGUUGGCGUUACGAAUUCAACGGCCAGUGCUGUCCUCACCGCGCCGGAAGUCGACAAGCCCACGCUUGAGGGGCAGUUGGGAUAUAUCACCUCGCAUUUGAAGCAGUCCGCAAUUCCCUAUGAUUUGACGGUGCAGACGGAUCCGUCUUACUAUGAUCACUUUUCCCGAUACUUUGGGCCCCUCCCCCAUGGGAUAUGGCCCGUCUCGCAUCUCAUGGGUGGCCGGCUGCUCCCACGUUCGUUGUUCGAGUCUCCAACGUUGACCGCAAGCCUCGCGGAGUUGGGCAAGUCCAUCACGAGAAACAACGAAUGGACUAUAUCUGCAGUCACCCUGAACGUCAACCACACGGUCGCACAGACUACAGAUACCUCCAACUCCGUCCACCCUGCGUGGAGAGAUACGCUGGCCCAUUACACAGUGUACUCUCCCUGGGACUGGUCGUCCGCCGCAGAAAUGAACCAACGAUCAGAUCGAUUGACCAAGGAAAUCAUUCCAGCUCUCGAGGAGCUGACUCCGGGAGGGGCGACCUACGCGAAUGAGGCCGAUUACCGCCAGGCGGACUGGCAGACGGCAUUUUACGGGCCGACAUGGGACAGAUUAAGCAGGAUAAAGAGCAAGUGGGAUGCGACUGGCGUGCUUUAUGCACCACUCAGUGCAGGUGCAGACAGCUGGCAAGAGAAGCCGGAUGGCAGACUUUGUAGAGUGUGA